GGUUUGAAGAUGUCCAAAAAGAAACUGAAGAAAUUAAGUGGAAAGGAGGACAGUUUGGAUGGCCGGGAUGACAAAAACUCUGAAGACAGAAGAUCUUAUAACCAUACUAUGAAAGGAGAAGCAGAAUUUCAGAGAUUCAAAAUACAGAAAGGUAUGCAAGAGAAGAAAAAAGACCACAGUUCUAAUAUUUCUCGUGGUGCUGAUGGAAAGUCCCAGGGAAAAUCUCCAAACAGAAGCAAAACCACAGAUAGUUCUUCAAUCCAAACUGAGAAGCGAAAGAGAAUAGUUAUACAAUUUAAGCCUAAAGAUAUUAAACAUGGAAAAAGUACAGGCACCACUGAUGUGGUAACUGCUAUUACGGCAAGUCAUAACAAAGGUCAUCGUUUUGAUGGAACAGAAGGAAAAAAGUUCUGGCAUAGCUUUGCAGUCCAGAAGGACAAGGUGAUGAAGAAAAAGAGAGAGAAAGCUGAAUUCUGCAAGCUAAAAGUAAAAGCUGAACAAACCAUGCUGGAGAAGUUUAAGCUUGCUGCAUACAAUUCGCAUGUACCACAUAAAACGUCAAUUGGAUCCAAAAAACAGAGCGAAGAAGUCAGAACUCAGAAGAAGACAUCUGUCACCUUUACAGAGUCUGUAAAUCAUGAUGCAUCUUUCAGUAAAAAAUCACGUGUGUUAUCUAGGACUUGUGACGAAGAGCAUGAAGAAGGAUAUAAGGAGUUUUCUAAGAAAAAUCAACAUACUACCAAACGCGUGCCGCCUUACUAUUCGACUGAAACACCUAAGCGAUGGGACUGUCAUAAACCGAAAAAACAGGGCGUUGAUUCCGAUAAAGCUGCUAGUAAUGCAAGGACUGAAGGAGGGUGCUUUGAAGCUGCAACUUUGGGUUUUAAGCGGAAUUUUGAGGUCCCACACACGUCUGACCCCUACCAAGCCAAGGGGAACAUAAAGUCUACGCAAAAGAACUUUGAAGUCUUUCCAUCCCACCAAGGCAGUCAGAGCCCAGAAUCAGACCAAGAGAUGCAGAUAGUAGAAGAUUUGCAUGUUGCUCGUCUUGAGAAAAGGAUGGCACUGUCUGUAAUACAAACUUGUGGAGAGCUUACAAGUAUGGAAAUAGAUCUCCCAGAACAGGAUUUAAAUAUUUCUGCUGAGACUUCGACUUCUGGUCUGAACAUAUUAGUGGUAAUUGACACAAAUAUAAUGAUUAGUCACCUUGAGUUUGUCAGGUCCCUGAAAUCUGAAGAUAUACCAGGUGUUGGCAGGCUCGCAUUGAUAAUUCCCUGGGUUGUUCUACAGGAAUUAGACAACUUGAAGAAAGGGAAAAUGUUAGAGCACGUUCGGGACAAAGCUAUCCCUGCUGUCCAGUUUAUCUACAUGUGUCUUAAAAACCAAGAUUCAAAGUUAUGGGGGCAAUCCAUGCAGCUUGCUUCUCAAAAAAUAUAUGGCCUGAGCGACGAGAACAAUGAUGAUCGUGUUUUACAAUGUUGUCUACAGUAUCAGAACCUCUUUCCUCAAGCUGUUGUCGUACUUUGCACGGAUGAUAAAAAUUUAUGCAAUAAAGCCAUUGUGAGUGAGGUCAAGGCAUUCUGCAAAGCAGACUUGGUUAGUGCUCUACAGAAUCUGAACACAAACAGGCAACAGAACUGUGUUGACCUGCAACAGUCAAAAUGUGAUACAGCAUUCCAGAAAAGAGAAGGAGGAGAUGCUAAUCUUACUGCUCGAUUCCCAAAUAUACUUCCAGACCUUGAAAAGAAUUUAGGGGAAGCUUUAUCCUGUAUUUUGGAGACUGAAAUGAAAAUUGCGUUUGGAAACCUGUGGAUGGAGAUACUGUAUCUGAAGCCUCCAUGGACAUUAGCAAGCUUGCUGCAGUGUUAUAAAAAACACUGGGUGGCUGUUUUUGGUUAUGUUGUGCCAAGGAGUUUACUUGCAACCGUUGAAUAUCUCUAUAAACACCUCUGUACAGCUCAAACAGUUGACUCCUCAACAGUUGGUAUCUUGCUCCAGGAAUCCAAAAAACUGUUGCAUGCUUUCAGUUCAAGGUCAGACUAUAAUGGUGUGCUUCCCCAGGCUUAUGCUGAAGUCACUAGGCUCCACCAAACACUCACAGAGGUGAAGUCAGACAGUGGACAGGAUUUAUCAGAAGACACAAUGGUUCUUUCAGAGAGUGCUGUAUGUGAAAGAAUGGAAGCAAUGACGCCAAAUCUGCAGAAUUGUGAAGAAAAAUUGCGUUCAAGUACUCACGUGGCUCAAGAAAACAGACACCAGGAAAUCUGGUCGGUCUUGGAAGGUGUAUGGAAUACAAUAAACUUGUAUAGUGCUGAAAUUUUCCAGAAGUUAGACCCUAACACAGGAACUGUGACUGCAAAGUCUUCAUUUGAAGAAGCUUUUUUAGGUCUGCAGAAAUUGAUAGCAGCUGUGAAUGAUAUUCUUGAAGGAAUUCGUAGAAUUCUGACCCCAAGCAGUACUUUCCAAGAUAUUUGGACCCUCUAUAACUUCCUCAUAAGCAAUGAGAUAAAUAACAGUAUACAAUUUACUGCUGAGGAGCUCUAUGAAUGUGUGUCACAAGAAAUAUAUAGAGAAAGGCUAGCUGUUGGGUGUUGCCAAUUGGCUCAGCUGGAACAUACGAUUAAGCAGUGCAGCGUGUCUGUUCACAUGGAAGCAAAAAACAGGGGCUGGCUGUGAUCCUUCAGUCAAGGUUUGGAGCUGCAGUGUUCACCCCCUUCGCUUUCCUUGUCCAAACCAAGUAUAACAACUUCUCUAGUGGGGAAAGAAAAAAGUAUCAGAGGAACCAAAACUCUGCCUUUUUUUCUUGAUGGUGCUGUUUUAUGUUUGUUGAGUUAAAGGAAAAAAAACAACUGGUUACACAUGUGAAGCAUUGAAACUCAAGAGUUUCUGCUAAGAACUGCAAGCUAGUAGAAUUUGCUGUCCUAAGAGUGUCUCUCGGGCUGGAUACAGCAAAAGCAUAGUGCCUGUCAAGAAGACAGACUAGUUUUAAAAGACUAGUUCAAAAGAGCUAGUGUUACCUGAUUUUGAGAGGUUAGAUCUGUUGCUAACAUUUGUAUUAAAAAAAAAAAGUGUGUAAGGUAUUUGUUGAAGAUAAAACAGAUGAAGGGGAGGAGGGGAAAGGUGAGGAAGAAAAAUGUAUUGUGAUACCUGGGGCUCUAAAAGGACGAAAAAUGGAAGUAGUUGAAUGUUCAAGUCAGAUACCGAUGAUGCUUACUGUGUUUUACUACCCCCCUGUAGAAAUGAAGGAUUUAAAGGUGCAGAGCGCCUCUCUUAUAUUCUGCAAAUAGAUAAGGUUUAAGAGAGGAUGUAGCAUAGAGAAAGAAAUUGAUUUUUUUUUAAAUUUAUGUAAAUAUUUAUCCUGGACCUCCUUUUUGAGCUUUUGUCAACAUUAGAUACUCUACAUGUAAUUUGACCUCUUCUGGUGAGAAAUCUCUAAGCCAGUGACAACAGUGAAAUUAGCAUUAACACUUGUAAUUAAGUAUGUCAAUUAUAUAUAAUAAUAAUUUUACUAAGUUUGGAGGAAAGUGAUGUUUUUGUCCUUGAUUAAAAUAACUACUUAUUCGUAGUAGCUCUCAUAGAGUAGGAAUUUGGAAAAUUCCUCAUCCUUCUGUUAUCUUGCCUUGUAAAGGCAAGUGAGUUUUCCUGUUGUUUUUUGUCCUCUGCAGGUUAUAAUCAAUGACUUGCUUGUCACAGCUCUUUGUGACAUCCCUGUUUGAAUGCCUCAGUUGUUGCUUUCCAGAACUGAUUUAAGACGAUAUUAAGCUUCCUAAAAGCCAUUGUCAAUGCUGCUGUGGCCUUCAAAGCUACCUCUUCAAUGUAUGUAUUUGUACAGAGAUGAGAUAUAACUGGUCCAGUUCUAGACAUGUUUAUUUUAAUAUUCCUUUUGAAUGUAUUUGUAAGAACUUGAUUGUAAAAAAAUCUAACUUAUUGUUAUAAUAAAUAGUUAAUUCUUGAUGUCAGUGUAGUUUUGAAUUUAUUCCACAGUUUGUCCAAGUAUGUCUGUGUUUGAAACUGUGAUUCUAGGGUUGCGAACUUCCGUUUACAAGCAGUCUCAUUAAAGAAAGGACACAAACACACGUUACAGCAAUCUGGUGGUGCAAGGAUUUCCCAAAAGGUACCUUUAAUGUGUUUGCAUCAGCAGCAAGCAUUAAGUGCUAAUUUUGGCACUGGGAGUUAGAUGUGCAGCACUAUACAUUAGACACCAAGUCAUCCUAACCAACAUUGUAUCCAGAUGAAUAGAGAAAGUGAACUACAACAUAGUACUAUGAGCACAUAUGAAAUCAAGUAAUUUGUAUUCUAGCACAGUUUCAGCUUGUGAUAUUAGAAAAAUAAAACAACGCCAUUACUUAUCAGAGGAAUACAUUUCCUUUGCUAACAGGAAGUAGUUGAAAAACCAUGAGGGAAAAAAAAAAAAAACACACUUCAGUUCUUGUUUUACAAGUGUUAGCUCAACUGGAAUAAAACUGCUGUACAUAAAACACCCUCUGCGUUUUUGUCAAACUAUUUGAGCCAAAAAAAUUUCUCAUUACUAAAAGGUCACAGCUAUGUUAUGUUCAGAAACUCCAUUCAAAUCUAAUGAAAGUGUUGCAUACUAAGUUACAAUAUUGUAGCAGAGGCAAAAGCUUAGAAGCU